GUAGGGGGAUGAUGUGUACAUAAGUACGUCGUGCAUGUGCUUAUUCGUGUUCUACAUGAGUGUUCGGAUCUUAAGCAUCGUGAUCAUUUUUGCUUUUCGUUCGUUUUUUCGUACAAAAGCAUAAGAGGAAAAUAAAAGCCCAGCAUCCUAGCGCCAUUUGGAUAGAACCGACAAUCAUGGAUGCAUGGAUGUAUGAUGUGGUUUGCAUGAUGCCCGGUGGCGGCACCGAAAAUAUGAUUGGAAACAAUAGGACCAUGGCGAACAUUAAACAAGAAAUUGAGAAUCCUACUACGCCUACGCAAAAUUAUCAAGUUUGUUCACCGACCACUACGCUUCAACAUCAAGAGGUAAUUUGUAGCAAAAUAGAAGUACCAGCCGAUUAUGGAGGAGGCGAAGGUAGUCCUGGUAGUCCGGAAAUGCAUCAUUGUUCGUCAACCACGCAGCCUUUAGGAACACCUGAGGAAGGUGUUAAAGAGGAAGACAUGAUGCCUAGAAGGCUUUGCCUAGUGUGCGGGGACGUAGCGAGUGGAUUUCAUUAUGGGGUAGCGUCUUGCGAAGCGUGUAAAGCUUUCUUUAAGAGAACCAUACAAGCGAGUAAUUUCACAGGCAACAUCGAAUACACGUGUCCGGCGAAUGGCGAAUGCGAAAUAAACAAGCGCAGGAGAAAAGCGUGCCAGGCGUGUAGGUUUCAAAAGUGCCUUAGACAAGGCAUGUUGAAGGAAGGAGUGCGACUAGAUCGUGUGCGAGGAGGGAGACAAAAAUAUAGAAGAUCCACCGAUCCUUAUACGCCGGUGAAGACAGCUCCGUUGGAAGCAAACAUAGCAACAGCAGCUUCUAACGAAAUAAUAAAUAAUAAAAUGCUGGAAGCUUUGGCUGCUUGUGAACCUGACAUGCUACAAGUGUCCAAUAUCUCUCAUACUCUUGACACAGAUCAAAGAGUACUUGGACAAUUAUCUGACUUAUACGAUCGGGAACUGGUCGGAAUAAUUGGUUGGGCAAAGCAGAUUCCUGGAUUCAGUAGUUUAGCACUAAACGAUCAAAUGCGACUUCUGCAAAGUACGUGGGCAGAGAUAUUGACGUUUAGUCUCGCAUGGAGGAGCAUGCCAAAUAAUGGUAGAUUAAGGUUUGCCCAAGAUUUUACCCUUGACGAACGACUUGCACGCGAAUGCCAUUGUACAGAGCUGUACACGCACUGUAUCCAAAUCGUAGAAAGGCUUCAAAGAUUGGGUUUAACGAGAGAAGAAUAUUACGUCUUGAAAGCAUUGAUAUUAGCAAACAGUGAUGCGAGGUCAGAUGAGCCACAAGCGCUAUAUCGUUUCCGAGAUUCUAUCCUAAAUUCCCUAUCAGACUGUAUGGCGACAGUAAGACCAGGACAAGCGCUUCGUGCCACUCAAAAUAUGUUCCUAGUGUUGCCCAGUCUCAGGCAGGUUGAUGGAAUUGUUAGAAGAUUUUGGUCUAGUGUUUAUCGAACGGGAAAAGUACCAAUGAACAAGCUCUUCGUAGAAAUGUUAGAAGCUGCUUAUUAUCGAUGAAAUAUCAACUCAAACUCAACAAUAUCUGUAUCAAGGACUUCAUGGAAUCGCUGUUAUUCGAUGGUAGCAGCGUUAUAGUUAUAACACGUCAUGAGUGUGUAGGGUACGUCCCUAGAAGUAUAAACGAAAGAUGGUGAGUGAUAGUGAAAAACGAAAAGAGACGGAGAUGUGCAGUUUUAUUUGUUUUCUGUAAGAGAAAGACUCGUAAGAAAGAAAAGGCUUUAUUUUUCAAACGUGAAAAGUAUUGGAGCGUAGAGCUUUGGCCAGUGAUUCCACCGGUCACCAAAAUUCGCGAAACACAUUAAGAUGUCAGGUACAUUGUUUCGUCGAAAUAACCAAACUUUCCUUUUCGAGUACCCCUUUUACAGGUACAAAGAAAAAAAAAACAAUGUUAUUUCAGGAUAGCAUACGUAGUACAAGAUACGAGAUGCUUUUCCGGAGCUCUCAUUUUAGGAUAGUUUACGAAAACCUGUCGCCAGACAGAAGAACCUACCAAAUAACUAAAACGUUUUCAUUUACGUAAGAUCGUGACAUGAUCACCAAACCGGUGAUAUCAUAGAAAUGAAAUGCAAAUGUACUAACUGUGGGUGUUUGACGUUAUAGAGUUAGCAUCGUGUUACCAAAUACUAUCAACUCAAUCAAAAUUACAUGUAGCUCCGAUUCGAAUCUUAUUUUAGUUAUGUCUUUUCUCCGAAAAAAAUCCAGUCAAUUUGAAAUUAGAGGAACGCGAAGCGUGUAUGUUUAAGAGCGUCGAAAUAAAAUGAUAUAUGCCAUUUUAUAUAGAAUAAUUGCACAUUUUAAUACCAUUAAGUGUAAAGAUCGAUAAAUGUAAAUCGAUGUGUGUACUGCAUUGAACAUCCAUAGUUAUAGUUCAGCGAAUGAAUUUAGUAUGUGCUGUUGUACAAAUUGAACCAAUUACGUGAACAGAGCUGUGAACAGUGAACAAGGAAAGCGAAAGAAUGGCUGGAUCGUUCUCUAAUUAGCGUCAUGCUGUUUUUUACGAGGUACUGUGAAAAAAAUGUUUCGAGAACGAACCUUUGGCCAGGUUGCCAGGUUCUAGGGAAAGCAGAAAAAAAUUUAACCGAUUGUUGAAAUGAUUGCGAAAUGUUAUUCGCGCGUGCCACACAGAGAGCGUAGGAGAAUAUAUAUUAUAUUAUUAUAUUAUAUUAUAUUAUAUUGUAUGUAUUCAGGGAUCUUUAUUAUCUAAAUAGUUAUUAUUGUUACGAGAUCUGUGCACGGAUCUUGCGCAUAAUAUCGCUUUUUUCGAAGCGAGGAAUCGUAAUAUCGUAUAGGAGCUACUACUCACACAUAAAACUCAUUUCUAAAGGAGGAAAAACCGUUUAUAACAAAUUAAUGGAGUUUUUUCUUUGUCGGUUACACGCAACGAAACACGAAGUUUCUAUCGACUUUCGAAUCAGCUUUUUGUUAUUUCGCGAUUAUUCGAUAUUAUCGAGAGAAAGAAAUUGUUUAAUGAAAAGUUAUAAAUAGAUAUUAGGGUAAAUUAUACGUUAUAGCAGAUCGAGUCGCUGGAAACUUUUUAGUGUUGAAGUGCGGUGUAAUCUUGUGACGUUCAGAGUGCAAUAAUAUCAGGACAUGCGAUUACAUUUUUCUACUGGUCAAUCGAUCGCGACGCCCCUUUGAGUUUUCUUUAUUUGUAUAUUUCGUCUCUGUUCUUCUGCCGUUUGAAACUUUGUUUAAACCUCCUGCAUUUAAAUACACGAUGCAAAUAGUUGACAGCAACGCUUACAUAUUGCGUGUCCUUCCUCCAUUAGUUUUUCUUAAUUACCUAUUACGGUUCAUUCCUCACUACGAAACAGAUAAUGCAACGAAUGCGAUGGGGAAAAAAAGAAAGAAGAAAAUCGCUGCUAAGCCACGGUGAAUUUUUGCCCUGCUUUUUUUUCGGUUUUCUUUAUUACAUGUUCUUCCCUUUUUUUUUCUAACGAUGUAGGUUUUUCUGUCUCUUUCUUUCUUUCUUUCUUUUAAUUUAUAAAUUACAAUAAAAGAAGUCACGUUAUUUGUUAUACUGCCUUCGUGGUCGUAAAUUUUGGAAGAGAAUCAAACAUUGAUCGUUUAUUGGUUAAUAAUUUGGGUCGGAUGUUGUUGUUCUGGCAUGUGUUGGAAAUGGUUUGUCAAACUGUUUGUCUUAUGUUUAUGCAAAUAUUCGUCAGGGAAUCAAUAGUCAACGUUUUAAUGGCAUUUGUCGUGUGUCGAUAGCAUCGAACGUUGUCCAUUUAAAAAAAAGUUGUCUAAUACCAAUGUUUGGUUCCAGAUAAUAAUAGUAUCAAUAUAUACCGUCCAUAAUAGGGGGUAUUAGAGUCAUAUAUCAUUAAAGUCGAUUAGGUUUCGUGAUUUAAACAUAUUUCAGUUCCAUUCCUGUUAAAUGUGUUAAUAUUUUGUUUUUCAAUCACGCUGUCCAUAGGAUUUUUUUUUAUAUACCGCGUACUUGCGUGUUACUUUAUGUUUCGAUAUAAAUGUAGAAUUUUCACGUGCCAUCAAAUUCAUGAUCCAUUUCUUAAAUCUUUUCUUAAUAUGUCACGUUUUUUCCAAGAGACACAAACGUUCAAGUGGAUGAAUUUCCAAAAAUCUUAAAAUUGUCUUGGCAGAUCUUUUUUAGCUUUUUGGUUUCUAAGAUUCUAUUGCAGUUAAUACGAUGAUCGAGAUAUUUUUGAAUUUAUAAAUAGUUAAGGAGAGGCGUAAUCCAUCGUAAUGAAUUAUGAUCAGAUUAAUAUUUAAAGAUAUCAACUAUCAAACGAUUCGAUCGAUCCUGCGGCGUGUGUUUUGCCGUUGUUUUAUAAAUUAGAUUUAACGUGCCGGUUGGACAGUGGAUUUUACAGGCAUUUUCUCUCUGUCAUGUUUAUGGAUUCGCCGUGGCGGUAGAAUCAUAGUCUCAGGGUUUCAACCAACAACCAACAAAUAGAAAAAAUGAUACAAAUUUAGAGACGUAUAAAUAAUUAAGCGCGCGAGUAUAUUUGUGGAGCAACAUAUUAUGUAUAAUAGUAACGAUAGUAAUAACAUUCAGGAUGAUAAUGAUAAUGAUAACGAUAAAGAAUAUUAACAUUAGUAUUAAUGGUGAUAACAAUGAUGAUGAUAAUAAAGAUAAGAAUGACAAGAAACACUAUACGGUGACUUGUUGCAUUGUAAAUCGAGAUUUGCGUAUUUGCUUUGCAUACUGGUGCAUGCACUGCGAAAGAAAUAUAAUUUCAAUGUCACUAUUUCUUAAUGAACUUCUUUACUGUGGUCAGGAGAAAACAUGUACAUAUAUGGCUUAUCCGUAUCGUAAGAAUUUACACCAACAAAUUCAACCACAUCCUCUCUGUAUUUUUCUUACACUGUAUGAUUGCACAACUUGAAAACAGCUACCGCUUGUCUCGCGAAACGUGCGUGCGCCAAGAAAGAUGACAAAUGGAUCCGUGGACUUGAAUUGUUUCAUAUAUCAUAGCGUGCACUGUUUACAGUGUAGAUUUGUUUCUUCUUCGAAAGUACAAUAUAAAAUGGUUCGAAAAUCCUUCUUUCCUCGUCCGUUCGUCGGGCGAACUUGCCAGACCAGUCAUAAAUUGUACCUGCUGCGAAGAAACGCUGCUUCUGCGAAUUUUACGAAUAUGUGUACAGAUAUAUAUACCUGUAAUUAUAAUUUUUAUAUAUUGAAAGGAAACAUAUGCGUAAGCAUUAGUAAAUCGAUCAAAAAUAAAGUAGGAACUAACUCGA